AUGGUGGCUUUCUUCUCAUUGGAGCUGAUAACUGGGGCUGCUUCGAACUCGGUGAUGGUCUUCUUCUUCUGCAAUUUGAUCAUCGUCACCAUCCUCGUUGCCUCCUCGAUACCUCCUCCUUCGACAACAUGCGAAAUUCACCAUGUGUCAACGGUGGGAACCCCUUACCUCUACCCCUACGUGACUAUUCACCAGCAAGAGGAGACUCUGGUUAUUGGUGGUGAGAAUGAUGCUCUGCAUCUCAAUGAUGAAAACAGAGCAUCUUGGUCGUUGUCGUGCUCGGAACCGAAGUUGGCCGCAUUGGCAACAACUCCCCACCAAGAUGAAGAAGAAGAAGAGGAGAAAGAAGAUGAAGAAGAGGAGAAAGAAGCUGAUUGCUGCGGUGGAGAAAAUGGUAAAGAGGACUACAAUGACAAUGAUGAAUAUGAUGAGGAGGAGGAGGAGGAUGAACUGAGAAGGAGAGUUGAAGAGUUCAUAGAGAAGACAAACAAAGCAUGGAGGGCGGAAUUGCUGAGAACAUCAAAAUCGCCGCGGCUGAUGAUUGCUGGUUGA